AUGUCAGAACAAUUAACUGUUAAUACUUUAAAGCCUGUUUACAAUUUGGUUGAAUUAGAAUUAGACGAUUAUGAAGAAAUUGAACUGGUUCUUGAUACUAUUCAUGAUCUAAAAUUAUUUUUUGAGACUUUUACUAAUUGUACUUGCCGUCGAACUCCAAAGCAAAGAGAUCUUAGAACUUGCUUUGAAAAAGUAGGAUUUAAAUGCUUUUUUGAAAGACAUUUUGAGUUAAAAGCUUUAGAAGAACACGAACUUGAACUUUUUAUAAAAUUGCAAUUAUUGUCAUUUGAAAUUACUGAUGAAAAAUCAGAUAAUAAAACUUUCAAAAAAUACACAUAUAAAUUUAAUUAUAACAAUUCUUUACCACUUUGUAAGCUAGCAUAUUUAAAAUUAUGUGGAAUUAAUAGUUACUUACUUUAUACUUUACAAAGUUAUUUACAAUUAAAUAGAUUAACUAACAUGUUUAUGGAAAUACUAGACCAAUUUUUAAUACAAUAUGGAACAAUUAAUCGAUUUCCUUCUCCAUUACGAUAUCAAGAUGAUUCUGAAAUUGGAAAGGUUUAUGCUUCAAAAAAAUCGGGUGGAGAGGAAAUUUCUUUUCAAUUAUUACAUGAUAACACUUUUAAUAAAAAUGGUAAAUUAGAUACUAUUUCUAUGGUACAAUUAUCAGAUGAUCAUAAAAAAUAUUUAUAUACAAGAAUCCGUCAACACAUUGAUGACCCAUAUAAAGAUAUUCUUUGUCCACAACCCUGA